AUGUCUCAACUCGGACAACGCGCAUUGGUAUCGUCUCACAUCUCGAGCGCGUUUACGCAACCAAUCUUCUACCAAGUCCCUCCGACGGCCUCGUCGCGGCACCAGCACCAGCAACCACUCACACACGCGUCUCAAAAACUUGUAGAGAGAUUGAACAAUAAGAAGAGGAGAGAUGCACCUCAGGGCCGUCACCAGACGAAUGCGCAGACGGGCCCGCUCGCGCAAAGCUUUGAAGAGCACGCAGUUUACGCGUCGACAACGUCUCUUCAAGCCUUAGGAGAUGCUUUGAUGCGUAUUACGCACUCGGGAUACGUGCUAGAGCUCACCCUUCUCGACUGGGCAGACGGCACACCAGUCUGCUGGGAGUUUGCAGAGCGCAUCGUUCCCAUGCCAGGAAUCGCAGUUACUUCACCAUCUCAGGAUGUGCAAGCAGCAGCGCGCAGCAGAGGUCUUGCGGUUCCAAGCGGGCAGCUUGCUUUCGUCUAUGUCCUCCUCGAAGGUGGAACGCUGUACCGUCUUGCGUUUCCUCUCGUCCCUCCACUAUUUCAUGACGAAAACUGGGUCGCCAAACGUGGAUGGUGCAAGGAAUUCACACUUCCCUCGACUGUCAGCAGACCCAUUGGUGGGACCAGCGGCUCAAUGAUCCUGCAAGGAGAGAAGACGGUAGUAGUCACCGUCAAUUCAGGAGCCGUCCUACGAAUGGAGGUGGAUGUCGACAACGACGGACAGCUACGAGAGAAAUUGCACUAUCCUCAGCAUCAUUCACUCCUCUCCAAAAUGUUCCGAACGGCUCAAGAAGAAGACACUAUCGUUUCUGCCGUCUCUGCAUCAGUAUCUGGAUCUGAUAUCCUCAUCACCCUGUCCAGAGACCGCUGUCUUAGGGCAUGGGACAGGCAAGGGGGCAACACCAUCUCCAUUGGUAUUUCACCAGGAAAUAAUACAUCCUCCGAACCCGUUCGAGGGUCUUCUCUCAUUCGUGGAUCAUCAGUCACUCCUCAAGUUGCCGGGUCGUCAAUUCCACAACUUUUACCACCAGAACGUCGAUCUCUCCUGCGUACUUUCUUUACCGAGGACGAGGAAAAUCUCUCGAAUUUCCGGAUUCUUGUAUUCCUUCCGACGCCGCUUGGCCUUGGAGCGGGAUCCUCUGCGCAUCAGCCUUCUUCAGCCGGCAUCUUCGCACUCUACAAAAUGGAAGGCAAUCGCUUCAAGCCUUUGGGAGAGAAGGAGACUAGCAUGGAAACAAUUAGGUGCUCACUGCGCGAUUUCAUGGUCAUGCCAAACUCUCAAUUCCGGAAUCUAAAGGAGAUUCAUUGCCUAUGGGAGUACUCGGGGGAAAGCAUGUAUGAAUACACCGAGCUGGAUAUAGAAGUGCGUAGAGCGCACAAUGGACGAAAUACAUCCGCUAGUGGAGACGUUGAAAUGCGAGAGGUUGGGUCGAGUUCGCUACCACAUGAACUCAUCUACGAGGACGACGAUGGAGAGGACUUCCAUCCAGUGGAUUGGCAUAUCGUCACUCCCCUUGCGAUGCCUUCAAACGCCGCAUCAUCCUUAUCCCCCGAGCCCACCGCAGAUAGUGUUGAUUUCCUUUCCACAAUCGAUUUUACCUCUCCUAAUGCCGCCGCCACCAUUUUGGAUGCUCUCUUCCGGGCAGGCCGUGGUGGAUUCUCACCAUAUACAAUCUCCGAGGCACUCAACGGAUACGUAGAGGCGGCAUGGGUAUCUACAGAUCAAGUAGACCCUAUAAAGGAUCCAAAUUCACGCCUACGCGCUGCCCUUUCCAGGCAAUACCCUACGUUACGAGCACGAGUCAGCGCUAUUGUUGGUUGCCGACUCCAAGCUCCCGAAGUCUUUUCGGAUCCCGCCAGUGCAAAUCCUUUCAAUGCCUCUGUCAUUGCAGAGCCGGAAAAUGAGAUGGCCAUUGCUCAACAUACAGAGCUCGAUGUAGCAUUCCGUCGAGAUUGGGAAGGAUUCCUUGCCCGGUGUCGCGAAAUUGAAAAGGCAGGAAGUUGGCCAGUAGCUCUGGGACUGGUGGGCUCUAAAAAGCCUGGAGGCGCGCGAUCAUCUCAAAAUACGACGAGUGGGCACUGCGUCAUUCUAGAGAGGGAACGGAUGGGAUUAAUGGUCACUGAAGACGGACCACUCGACCUGUACCGACAAACUCUCUCAAAGAUGCAGGAAGAUGAAACCACGAAUGGGUACGACGCCCGUGAAUCUAUUGAAGCGUCAGAGGCUCCACAAUACCUCGUUUAUACCGCCCUAUCUUUCCGUGCUCUCUUCUCACCAGCGAGUUGGGCCGAUGUCGCACAUGAACUCUACAACACUAUGCACAAUACCGUACAAUUUGUCUAUCACGAUCUUCUCGUGGACUUGGCUUUCAAGUUGGAGAUUAUGGAUCUUGAUAUAGACACUAUAGAAUGGGUCUUUGAGCGUGUCGACUCGCUCGGAGGUAAUGAAUCGUUCAAUACGGCUCUCCAGGCCAUCAGCGCCCUUGUUCGGACGACUGGCAUCGCAAAAGAGCUGGACAGCGUAAAGCAAGAGGACGACGAAGAGGAAGUGGAUCGAAUGCUGCUUCAGCCUGACCCUAAUCAAUCUCUUUUGGCCGACGCUUCGAAUGCAGCCAUUCUGCCUGGGACACGACCUGCAGACUACCAUAAUCAAUGGAGCAGGUCCCUCACCGCCGUUUAUCUGUCAGCGACACUGCAAGCUCGUUACGAGAUUGCUUCUAGCAUAUUAUUCUUACUCAUAUUCAUUGUUGCCCGAGGAGGAGAAGCAAACUAUUUUUCCGGCUUGCCCAACGCCGUUGUCAUCGACGAACUCUUCGCUGGGCUGAGAAGCGCCAGCAUGCUUCGACAAACUGCAGCCAGGGUUGUGGAGAGUUCCACGGUCACUCGUCCAGCACCUGGUCCUCCGAGCGCGCUUGCUCCAUCACGGACUAUUGCUAGGCAUGUGCGAGCAGGAACGGCCGACUCGAUGGUUCGUCAGUUGGCUGGAAUGCGAGUGGCACCAGCACCUUCGGUUCAGUUUGCCAUUCAACCAAAGCCGCACGUGCACUUCGCUUCGCCUACAGGCUCUUCUUUCCCAACGCUACCUCCUACGACGAGAGGGUCAGGCUCUAUUACUCUGCUGCAAUCGCUUCUGCCGCCGCUUAGGCGACCAUUCUCACUCCCAUACGCGUCAGAUGCGUUCUUAGAGUUUAACGGGAUAAUUCAGGCGGACUCCAUGCUGGUGGCAGGAUACGACGAAGUUCGGUUCGCCGAAGAACUUCGAAGAAAAGGCCAUACACAGGGUGCUGCGGAUGUGAUAGACUGGCUGCCAAAAACUAACGCUUGUUGCUACGUGGCUGCUCGACUUCAGCUACAAAAGGGAGAAUAUGGGGAAGCGUCGACCAUGUUUGAGCACAGCGCGCGAAGCUUUGGGCCGUUAUCGUACAAGACAGGGGUCGAGGAAGCCACCCUCGUCGCCGUGUUGCCGCCCUCGCUCGGUGACUUGUCUUCCUUGGCUGCUUACUACGACCACGUGGCUAAGCUCUUCGAGGCCGAAGCACAAUACGGCAUGGCUGUGCUGUUCUAUCGCUUGGCCAUCGAAUCCGCAAAUGACGACGAACCGACCACCGACCUUUGGUACAACAUCUUCAAAGGUGAAUUGGCCUUGGAAAACUUUGAAAGGGCAUAUACGACGCUGGCGGAAAUGUCCGAGCAGCCAGUAUUGCGGACCAACUCGGUUACCGAACUCGUCACCAAGAUGUGUGAGAGAAACAAGGUUGAAACCCUUCUCAGCUUCAACUUUGUUGGCUUUGCCGACGAUGUGGAGCAAGCGCUAGGUUUCAAGGCGAGAAACGCGGACCCACUUGACCGGCCGGUCUAUUCAAAAAUUUAUUAUGCGUGGGCUGUGAAGAAGGGAGAUUAUCGUGCAGCGGCCUCCACAAUGUAUCAGCGGGCGCGUAUUCUCGGACAACAGGACAAGCCGGAUACGGAUACCCGGUUCAUGCUCAUGUCGCUGCAACUCGAAGCCUAUACAGUGGCUAUCAAUGCCCUGUGUCUUCUUGAUCCGGAGGACGCCUGGAUCAGUUUACCCGUGUAUGACGAAUCUGGUGAACUUCCUCCAGAGUGGCGAAGGUCCAACUUUGGCAUUGACGUUGGAGAGCGAGGCGGAAACGACUCGGAAAUCGUAGAGUUGGACGACAUGCGGAGAGAGAUGGAACUUUGCCGAGCAAGACGGCACCUGGUGUACAUGAUGGCCGGUCUGAACCGUGUGCAGCAGGCGACAGAGGUAGACGAGAAGGACUUCAGUAUUUCCCCCAUGGAGGUGUUACGUAGGUACUGUCAACUCGCGCGCUACGAAGAGGCUUUAUACAGCGCGCGGGUAUUUCGUGCGGACAUGACGGUCAUCUUCACGAUGAUGGUCGACAUGUGCAUGCGCCUGUCCAAAGGCGGUGAAGCAGCCCUGACGCCGUUUGAGGAACGGUGGCUUUUACAGGACAGGGCCAUGAUUUGGGAAGGAGAGCCGAUAUCAAAGGCGUGGAGGUUGCUCCAGGAUUCACUAGAACGACACGACACGUCUGACAGUGGGUGGCAGUACCGCAAGACCUGUCUGGAACGUAUUCUGGAGGCCGACCGUUCGUCCUCACCCCCGACUUGGCUCGCCACGUUCUUCCAGGACCGAGAACCCGAGUACCUAAUCCGGACGUGCAUGCGAUAUCAUCUGAUAUUACCUGCCCUUGACUACACUCUAUUGAUGAUCCAGAAUGAGUCGGACGAUGCUGUUUCAUAUGCUAACGACGUUGGACAACAGGCAAACCAACCUUUUGACAAGGGAGCUACUGUUGCAGUCACACAGACACGUUUGCCGUAUCCGCUCAUUGAUGCCGUCGUUGCCGCUGCGCAGACCGAGGACGAGGUACACAAGGCGGCGGGCAUCAAGGCGGAGAUAGAGGCGCGAAUAGGUAAAAUGGGACGCUGGGAGUGGAGUUAA